AGGCACAGAGAAAUGAGAGAACAGCUGCCACAAUUCUGGGACACUGUGGAAGAGCUUUUUUGCAUGGGGGAUUCUGCAGCGUCCAGAGGUACAAGAAGAUAAAAAUGGGUAUCCCAACGCAGGUCUUCACAGCAUGCUCUCAGCACAAGGAACAAUAACGCCCUCACAGCAAUUUCUUCGAUGGAGAAAACUACCCGUAAUUCGCAUGAAUUGCUUCUUGAAUGUGGUCUUUGGAGACGGCAGAAUGCAGUAUAAAGAGCAGAGGAUGGCCAACACAUUGGGAAACCUGGAUGCUCUUCGUCAGAUUUCCCAGAGGACCAUAAGUACUGCUUCACGCAGGCAGUUUGAAAAUAAAGUUCGAGAGAAACAAAAGCUAUUUCAGGAGGAUGAUGGAAUUCCAGUGCAUCUAAAGGGUGGGGUAGCUGAUGCCCUCCCUGUAUAGAGCUCCCAUGAUUCUUCCAGUUGGUGGUAAGACAUUUGUAAUGCUUGGUUUAUAGAAAAGUAAUAGUAAGGAUAACUAACAAUUUCAUUGCUUUUACUAUACCAGUAUUUUUAAAAUAUUAUUUCUUAUUAAAUUCAUUGGGCUGUCAUUCAUUAAUUUUAUAUAUUUCAAGUAUACAAUUUUAUAAUACAUCGUCUGUAUAUAGCAUGCUAUGCCGGUAUUUUCACACAGGCACUCUUUCUCUAGAAUCUGAGAUCUUACUGCUUUGCUCUAAGGAUUCAAGAGGGUGAUUGGUACAUAUUGUAUAAGAACAUUUUAGCCGAAGCCGGUUUGGCUCAGUGGAUAGAGCGUCGGCCUGCGGACUGAAAGGUCCCGGGU